CACUCUCUCUCUAGAAUCAUAACCCUCUCUCUCUCUCUCUAGAAUCAUAACCCCCUUUCUCUCUCUAGGAUCAUAACCUCCAUCACCACCAACCACCACUGAAGUGCAUGCACCGAAACUCCCUUUCAUGACAUUGCGCACACUCUCUCACUAAAACUUCCCUCUAUAUAUACACCACCUUACCCUCAUUUCGUCACAAGAACCCCUUCUGGAAUCUGUUUAAAUUUAGUGCGAUCCAUUGCCUGAAUUUGGCUCAAGUUGCUUCUGCCUGACCUGCAUUUAGCUAUCCCCACUUUUCCUGUUUUCCUGCCACCCAAUUCGAGUUUUUCUCUCUCUGUGUUUCUCUCUUUACUUCAUCCAAACCACCAUUUUUGCUAUUUUCCUCGCACACCAUUACUAGGCUAUUUUCCUCACACACCAUUACAAGUUUCUCUCUCCUCUGUAUUUGUCUCUCUAACUGUAAAUUGUUGCUCUUUUUUUUGCUCUCGCCAUUUCACACUCUUAGGUUACACACACUCUCUAUAUAGGUUCUCUGUAUUUCACUAUCAACCACCACUUUUUGCUAUUUUCGGGCACCCCACUGUCCUUUUCUUUCUCUCUAGAACUCUCAUCCCCUUUUUCAAACCAUCUGAUCACCCAACUUUAUUUGAUUUUAAUGGAAAUUUUAGGCUUCUCUGGUUCAUAAUCCAUAGCUUUUUCCACCAAAACAAACUCCCCCAUUGUUUCACCAAUCCACCCCCUUGCCGGAUUCUGGCUCCGGAAAUCUCCUGGUUCGAAAUUUCGGCCAAUUCUCCAGCAAUGGACACGCCUCCCUCUGUUUCUAUAGUCUCAAGGACCACAGUUUUCCCUGAUGAGCCCUCGGAUUUCAGGAGAAUCAAGCUCACAGUCUCCGACUUACCCAUGCUCUCUCUCCACUACAUCCAAAAGGGCCUGCUCUUUUCCAGGCCGAAAGCGUCAGAAUCAGGCGAUUUCUUCGCCGGAUUCCGGCAGAGCCUCUCCAAGGCCCUCAACCAGUUUCCAAUGCUCGCUGGUCGCAUGACUACCGACACAAACGGUCAUGUCUUCGUGGUCUGCAAUGGCGAAGGUGCGGAUCUCACCCAUGCCAAACUCGAUGGAUUUUCGAUUUCCGGCGUCCUUUCUCCUGAAUAUACCCCGGAAAUUGUACGAGAAUUCUUUGCUAUGGAUGGAGUGGGGAGCUACUCAGGCCAUUUCAUGCCAUUAUUGGCGGUUCAGAUCACUGAGCUCGAUGAUGGGGUUUUCAUUGGGUGCUCAGUCAAUCAUGCGGUGGUGGAUGGGACCUCCUAUUGGGAGUUUUUUAAUGCUUGGGCGGCCAUUCAUUGCCAGAAAAAGGAGGUUUCCCGGCGAGCUAUGCCCGAGAUUGGCCGGAAAUUCGUGAAGGACUCCAUGGCUGUGCUCAAGUUUCAGGACGGUGGGCCACCUCCUCCGCCAAUAUUGGGUCCUUCUCAGCUUUGUGAGAGGAUCAUCGGGUUCAGCAGAGAGGCUGUUCUCGAGCUCAAAACCAUGGCAAAUCGCCUGAACCAGAGGGAAACGCCGCCAAAUUUGGCAGAGAUUAUGGGAAAAGAGUGCAAUGACAAGAAACUCAAGAGAAGUGGUGGCGCUGCAAAUUUUGGCAUCGAUGAUGGCUAUGGCAAUGAGAACAAUGAGAACGUGUUCAAUAUGGCGGCUCCACCAAAUGCACCUGAGCUGCCAAAUUUCGUGGAGUUCUCCAGGAAGAAGAACAAGGACGAGAGGCUAAAUAAUCAUCGAAAAGACCCCGCCAUCACCAAUUUCUGCAAUGGCGAGGCGAUUGGCAAAGCGACGCACGACAAUUGGCUCAAGUUCAGGAUCAGAAAUGGGGUGGUGCCGCCAAAUUUAGCAGCAAUUCGGCCGCCUUUAGCAUCUCCUCCAAAUUUGUCAGCUCGAAAAGAUGAGAUAUCCUCGUUCCAAGCCUUAUGUGGCUUGCUGUGGGUCUCGGUGACCCGAGCUCGGCGGAUGGAGCCCGGGGCCCUGACCAUGUUCAGGAUGGCAGUUAAUUGCAGGCACAGAAUGCGCCCACCCGUGGCUCCCGACUACUUCGGCAAUGGCAUCCAGAGCAUGCCCACCCAAGCCAAAGCUCGUGACGUGACCGGCCUCAGCCUGGGCUGGUGCGCCGCCCUCCUGCACAAGGGAGUUGGCGCCUACGACAACGACACGAUACGCCGCUGCAUCGAGGCAUGGGAGAGGGAGCCCAAGUGCUUCCCGCUUGGCGACUCGAAUGGUGCCACAAUCACAAUGGGCAGCUCGCCGAGGUUUCCGAUGUACGGGCCAGACUUCGGAUGGGGCCCACCACUGUGCGUGAGGAGUGGGAGGGCCAACAAAUUUGAUGGCAAGAUCUCUGCAUUUCCUGGGAAAGAAGGGCCUGGUUCGGUGGACUUAGAGGUUUGUUUGAAGCCUGAGACCAUGGCUAGGCUUGUUAAUGACCCUGAGUUCAUGAGAUUUGUUACUGUAGGUUAAUUUGUAUUGGCUUGUGCUCUUUAAUGGAAAAUUGUGGUUUUUUCCUCGGUUUUUUAAUGGAAAUGUGGCUAAAAAUUUGUGGGGUUAA